AUGCCCACUCGGAAUGGGCAACUUCGGCCAGCCCGCCCCCACCCCUCGGAGAGGCCCACACCUCGGGAUGAGAACCCCAAACCCUGCGAGGCCCUUCACGGGCUCUCAUCCCUGAGCCUUCACCUGGGCAGUAUGGAGUCCUUCAUCGUGGUGACUGAGUGUGAGCCUGGCUGUGCCAGCGGGGCCCAGGGCCAGGGCCAGCCGGAGGAGCAGAUGGAGCACGGUGGGGAAGAGGACAAGGUUCUCCAAGCACCUGCAGACCCCGGGCCCCAGGCCCGGCCCCACCUCUCUGGCCGCAAGCUGUCCUUGCAAGAGCGGUCCCAGGCCACCCCGUCCCCUGGAGGGAGCAGGAGUGUGAACGGCCGCUUUAUCUACCCCUCGCUUCCUUACUCUCCGGUCAGCUCCCCCCAGUCCUCCCCCCGGCUCCCCCGCAGGCCCACGGUGGAGUCUAGACACGUCUCUAUCACCGGGAUGCAGGACUGUGUACAGCUUAAUCAGUAUACGCUGAAAGAUGAGAUUGGGAAGGGUUCCUAUGGUGUGGUCAAGCUGGCUUACAACGAAGAUGACAAUACUUACUAUGCCAUGAAGGUGCUUUCCAAAAAGAAGCUGGUGCGGCAGGCGGGCUUCCCCCGCCGGCCCCCACCCCGUGGCACCAAGCCCGCCUCGGAAGGCUGCAUUCAACCCAAGGGCCCCAUUGAACAGGUCUACCAAGAGAUCGCUAUUCUCAAAAAGCUGGACCAUCCCAAUGUGGUGAAGCUGGUGGAGGUCCUGGAUGACCCAAAUGAGGACCAUCUGUACAUGGUGUUUGAACUGGUCAAUCAGGGGCCUGUAAUGGAAGUGCCAACAGUUAAGCCACUGAGUGAGGACCAGGCCCGAUUCUACUUCCAAGAUCUGAUCAAAGGCAUUGAAUACUUGCACUACCAGAAGAUCAUCCACCGAGACAUCAAGCCUUCCAAUCUCCUGGUUGGAGAGGAUGGACACAUCAAGAUUGCGGACUUUGGGGUGAGCAAUGAAUUCAAGGGCACCGACGCCCUCCUCACCAACACCGUGGGCACACCCGCCUUCAUGGCGCCAGAAACGCUGUCUGAGACCCGGAAGAUCUUCUCUGGGAAGGCUCUGGAUGUGUGGGCCAUGGGAGUGACACUCUACUGCUUUGUUUUCGGCCAGUGCCCAUUUAUGGAUGAACGGAUCUUGUCUUUGCAUAGUAAGAUCAAAAGCCAGGCCCUGGAGUUCCCAGACCAGCCCGAUAUUGCCGACGAUCUGAAGGACCUGAUUGUGCGAAUGUUGGAUAAGAAUCCCGAGUCCAGGAUCGUUGUCCCAGAGAUCAAGCUGCAUCCCUGGGUCACGAGGCACGGGGCGGAGCCGCUGCCGACAGAGGAUGAGAACUGUACCUUGGUGGAGGUGACGGAAGAGGAGGUGGAGAACUCCGUCAAACACAUCCCCAGCCUGGCGACCGUGAUCCUUGUGAAGACCAUGAUCCGUAAACGAUCUUUUGGGAACCCUUUCGAGGGCAGCCGGCGGGAAGAACGUUCUUUGUCUGCCCCUGGAAACCUGCUCACAAAAAAACAAACAGGGGGAUGUGAGCCCUUCCUGGAGUCCAAGGAAGCAAGGCAGCGAAGACAGCCUCAGGUGCACCGACCUGCCGCAUGUCGGAGAGGAGGAGGUGGUGUGGUGAAGAAGGCCGCCCUGGUGGAUAACGGGCAUCGGCCGCUGCCUCCGCCGGGAGAGGCAGCCAUGGAGCCUGAAUAACACCGGCUGGGCACCCGGCCUGCUCGCCUCCACGGGGCCCCGUGCCGCCAACGCAUCCUGUCUCCAUCGCCGCAUGUCCUACCGAAAAUGACCACUUGUGUAAAGCGUUGCCCGUCAUCUCUGGUUGUUUCUUUUCCGUUGUCGUUUUAAGGGGUGGGGGGCGGGGGGAGGCAUGGCAUCUGCUUCGUGACUCGAACGUUGGCCUUCGGCUGGCAGGAGGGCCUAGAGAGAGGAGCUGCAGGCUCCCCAGCCUGACACUGUAGGGGAGGGGGUGGAGGAGGCGACUCCUUCGGAGAAAAAGUCUGGAUGCCAAAUAUUUCAAGUCGCGUCAACUGCGAUGCUUUCGCAAAGCUGGAGGAGCAAACAGCAAAGGCGGAUGGCCCCAGGGACGCCACCACCCGGGAAACGUUAGCACCUCCGGGUCUUGACUCACCUCCUCCCCAAAGGGCGCCGGGCUUCGGGCUGAGUCUGAAUAGCCCAGACGAGUCUCAUUCAUUCCAAGGACUUCGGUUUGCCUUCACCUCCCUCCUUCACUGGUGAAGGGUAUUCCUUAUUUUUUGAGGGGAACCCCCCCAAAACUUUUGGACAUAUGAAUACCUUAGUCAGGAAAAACAAAUUUCUCAAAGGGCUCCGAGUUCUGCGUGAGUGGCUUAGUAGGGAGAGGGAGAGCAGCAGCAGCAGGGCUGGGGGGGGGGGCGUGGUCCCCCAGGGGUGGGGGCUCAAUCUGUUGCUUUUAGUCAGUUUUCAAAGGGCAGCAGCGAGAGUGCAUUUCUGAAAUAGGUUACUGAGCUACUAGGUUUAUAUACUAUUAACUUUAAAAUUCAGGGUGAAAUCCAACACUUCCAUGUACAUUACAUGGCUUAAGAUUUUUACUUAUUUGAAUAUCUUAGAAUGUAGAG